AUGAUAGCUCCGCCAAUUCUUCCCAAAAAAUUAACUUUUGUUUGUUUGCAAAACCUUGAGCCAAAAGGCUUCUUGACAGACAAAUUACCUCAUUUUUUCAAGUGUAUUGUUGCGUCUUGUGACACAAGACGCAGUAGUAAUCGACACAGUGUCGAUAUUAUGCUUCCAGGUGGGACUAUUCAAAUCUGCAAUAGGCCAGUCGGCAAAAAACUAUGCAAAUCUACAAAGGAGAUACAGAUUACAUUUUCACCAGAAGAAGGCCCGCAAUUUCAUUAUUGUGGUAUCAAUCGCAAGGACGUGCCACUGCGUCUGCGCAUCAUGUUGCAGUAUUUUCUUUCUCGAAUCUGCCAUUUAUUUUUAUUGCCAGCUGCUAUACUAAUACUGGGAAACGAGAAACAACUAGCGCUCUAACCAAACAAGGUGAUGAGGCAGCUUGGCGAGCUGGUCUGCAAAUUGACCGAUGAGGAUGUGGCUGAACACUAACACAUGAUGUACGACAGAACAAAGGCGGAAACACUUAUUCAAAAUUUGUUUGACCGCAUCUUCUUCCACUGUCUCUACUCUACAAUUUCUUGACGUGUCUUCUUUAAUAUCUUUACAAUGGUAACUCAUUUAAGUUGUCGCCUUGUCACGGCCGCCUAGCGACAUACUUAUAGUUUGGCCUUACGCCCCUGCUCUGUUUGGCCCAUUUUUUUUUUGAUCGAAUCAUGAUCGACCACAUACAGAGGUCCUAUUUUAGAAAUCAAGUCGAAAUCCCGACGCGUGCGGAAAUAGCUCGUAUUUUUUAUAGCAAGUCAAAAUCUAAAAAAGUGAUAUAUUGAAAAGUAAUAAAAGCCCACAGGGAAGUUUUCAUAAAGCAUUGCAGCAUGGCGACCUUAUCAUUAUAAGUGUGCACCUUCAUGCUGAUUCAACAUCAAGAUCUCAAUUUCACCUCCGAAGUCCCGAGGUCGAUGCUACAGAUCUUUUACACAUUUAGAUAGUCAGCAUUCCGCGCGCGCACCGAUUGCCAACAAUACAAAACGACCCGUGGCGAAGCGCCGCUCCGCUUUCGCGAAGGUCGCACAACUCCGAAAGUAUUCGAAUUACUGCACUUGCGCAGUUUGCAGGAGUAGCAGCAAAACAGCGAGCAAGGAACUGGCAGAAAGGUGCACCUCGUUUUCCCGCCGUAGGUCAGACCAUCUUCCCUGUGCGACUUUCUAUAGGUACGCGGUGAUAUGGAAUGUUUCGUGCGGGUUAUAUUUUUAUAUCAACAGAACUGUGCUUUUUUUUAUAUCACAACUAUACAAAAAAAACAAAAAACACAAAAAAAAACUUCACCAUAUAGAAGCUCAGACUUAGACGCUCUGCUUCACAUAGACAUAUAUCUCCGAUAAUGUUACCUCUUUAAGUGCUAUGCCUCGGUGUAGCACCAAAAAGUUGCGAAUUCAGCUUCACGUAGAAUUAAGCAACAGGAAAAAUAAGUAGCAGAAUGAGACUCAAAAGCACACUAUGCGGAGACGACAACUAAAGUCAAAAAGAUACAGUUAGUAAGAUCGGAACCCGACCAAAUAAAAUAAAGACGGAAUACAACUACAACGGUCACGAAAGCUGAAUCCUUUUGGUGCGAUAACGACAGGCAUAAGCUGAUCUCGCUACAAGAGGUUGACAGGAAAAAAUAGAAGCAGUCAUAUA